GUCUAUACCUUUAUAGCUUAACUUCCAUGCAAGUAUUUCUUCCUCUUCUUCUUCUUUCCUUUUUUUUUUUAAAAAAAAAAAACACACUUCCAGUUCCUCUGUCACUCUUUGUUUCUUGUUGGGUCUAUUCGUGCUCAAUUUUGCCAUUUCCAUUUCAAUAUCUCGCUUUUCGCAUAUACUUCAACAACUACCCAGUGUAGAGACAGAGUGACAAACAGAGGUUGCUUUGUUUUCUGGAUUAUUUUCUAUCUCCAUUUUUGUCUCUUUUGACGGAUCAAGAUCUUUUAAUCUGGGUCUUCUUCGUUAAUUGAUUCCUCUGUUUCUUGAAGUUUCUUGUGUGUUUGUUUCCAGGGAAUGUGACUGAAAAAUCUUCUCAUUCUUCCUGGAAAAUUGAGGUUUUCCUUGGUUCUGUGAUCUGGGUUAUCUUCUUUUGUUUUAUUAGGCUAGUGAAAUUCGUUUAAAUGGAGGAAGAUCGAAAAAAGAAACGCCAUGUCUGCAAGCUAUGCAACAAGAGUUUCUUGAGUGGAAGAAUCUUGGGUGGUCACAUGAGGACUCACAGGUCUAGAAAUUCAGUCGAAGAAGAUGUUAUUCUUGAAAACAGCAAUAUGGGUGAUGAAGGUUGUUAUGGCCUAAGAGAAAACCCGAAGAAAUCUUGGAAAUCUUCAUUCUUGAAUGAUAAUGAUGAUAGUUUGUUAUCAGUUCAAGAAAGCGUGGAGUGCAGAGUUUGUGGCAAACAAUUUGAGUCAGCAAGAUCUCUUCAUGGUCACAUGAGGCAUCACUCAGUUGAAGAAAGGAAUGGAGUUCGUUGCAAAGAAUGUGGGAAAGGGUUCAAGACAGUAAGAUCUCUCACUGGUCACAUGAGGUUGCAUUCUCUAAAGAAUAGGGUCUCUAAUGAAUCAAGAACUAGUCCAGGGCCUAACUUGGUUGUAAUAGCUUUACCAAAUGCUAAGACUGUGAAUCUUGUGAGAAGAAAGAGAUCUAAUAGAACAAGGUGCAAGGUUACUUCUCCUAAUUCUUCUUUCUCAAGCUUGAAUGAAUCUGUAUCUGGUUUUGAAAUUGAGCAUGAAGUUGAAGAGGUGGCUCUGUGUUUGAUGAUGUUGUCUAGGGGUGUAUAUGAGUCGGGUGAGUUCAAAUCGGUUGGUGAGUCCAUGAAUACUGAUUCUUUGUCAUUUGAGGCUAAACCUUUAGACGAGAGUAAGCAAAUGGGGAGUAGUGACGGCGAAAUUGAUGUUUUUGAUGGUGAUGAGCUUGUCAAGAAGAAGAAACAAAGAGUCGAGAAGUUUGAUUCUUGUGCUUCAGAUUCUAAGAAUAAGACCUCUGAAGGUAGCGACUGUGAUCGUGAUAUGGCGUGCACUGAGGAAGAGAAGAUCCAAUUGGAAUCUUCCACUGUGAAUUCUUACCAGCCCGCCGAUUCCAAGAGGCCAGAAGUAGGGGAUGAAUGUGACUGGCAAUUAUGUGAUACUGAGGUAGAGAAGGUAAUUCAUGUUGAAAUGGAUAGCAGCGCCACUGAAUCACACUCGAGCCAAGAAACUAGGGAAAAAGUUGGAUUAGAUCUUGCUAGUCUAGAACACGUGAUUUAUACUCCAAGCAAGAAAGCUGUUUUUGAUGCUGAGAUGGGGAAGGAUUCUUGCACUGAAAUAAUAUGUUCUACUGCAAAUUUUGAUGAUUCUAAAAAGAAGAACCAAUUCCAAUGCAGGAUCUGCAGCAAGAUGUUUCUCACUCAUCAGGCACUUGGUGGUCACCAAACCUUACAUAGAACAUCAAAAAGCUCAGCUGCUUUGAAGAUUGAUAACUGCCAGGAGGGUAUCCAGACUAAUAGUUUUCCUGAAAAGAGUGAUGCCAGAAGCGAGGCUGGCAAGCUUGAUAGCAUCAAGAAUUCAGUGGAGCAGGAAGAGGAUGGAAUGACUACUACAGGAUAUCAGUUGAAGAAAAGCAAGGAGCAUAAAUGUCCUAUCUGCUCCAAGUUAUUUGUGUCAGGCCAAGCUUUAGGGGGUCACAAGAGGGCUCAUCCUGCUAAAGCCAAAGAAGAGCAGAAUAUGGCAAUGCAACAAGAAGUUCCUGGCAUAUGUGAAGCACUUGAUAUUAAUCUCCCUGCGAUGAUUGAUACAGAGUCCAAUGAUGAAGCUGGGUUCAAGUCAUGUUGGACCGGAACCAUCUACAAGCACGAGCCAUUAUUGGAUGUUAUUGCUAGUUAAGGCAACCGGAAGCAGUUCAAACAAGUGGAGAAUUUGUUGAUUUUUCAUGUUCAAGUUGCUGCUAAUAGCUUAGCUGACAACUGCCCUCUUCUGGUUUAUUCUCUUACAUUACACAUCUUUCUUUUGUACAUGAACUGGCGAAACCCCAUUGCUGCAUUACAUUUGGAAUUCUGAUAUACUGAAACAGGAUUUAUUUUGCCCCCCUUUUUUUGCAUUUUAGUGUUCUCACAGAUAAGUCAAUAGGAGGAGAUAAGUAGAAACACAAAACUUAUUGACCUUAGGUUGAAAUCCAAUUUUGGCUUCACAUUCUUUUUGUACCAAAGUGUUCAAACAAAAUGCAACUUACUUUUUUUUUUUUCUCUCUUCUUCCCUGUUGCUGAGGGUUAACUGAUGUCAGUACUUUAGCUUCUGUUCAAUCUAGAAGAUAAAUAUUUGAGUUGGGAGUUGGAAAAAAGAGAAGCAUGGUGACAAUCACAAUGAUUAAACUUUGUACAUGACAUAUAGUAUCUGUUUAUCUAAAGCUAAAGGUGGUUGUUUAGUCACCUAACACAUACAUAUGACAUAUUAUCUCAAAUUCUCUGUCCA